CUUUUUGGGAUCUGUGAGAGAGUCCAGAGACAUUACCGGCUAUAAACUCAGGUUUUAACACAGAAUACAAGGUGGCUUGGCUGAAAAUUCUUCCGUCCACCACUUUAUCAUGACCAUUACCCCAUUCAGCAUUCCACUUCUGAUGAUCUUCCUGAUGGGAACCGGGAGUUUGAUUGACGGGACUCUUCCCAAAGCUCCUCAGAUUACCAGCCCCUUGGAAACAGUGGACGCUCUGGUUGAAGAUGAAGCUUCUUUCCUGUGUGGUGUGGAGUCAUAUCCAGCAGCUGAGAUAACUUGGACUCGUAAUAACAUUCCAAUAAGACCGUUUGACACACGCUACAGCACUAAAGAAAAUGGCCAGAUAUUAACUAUCCUCAGUGUUGAAGAUACAGAUAAUGGAGUGUAUUGCUGCACGGCAAACAAUGGUGUAGGGAGCUCUGUGCAAAGCUGUGGAGCCCUGCAGGUGAAAAUGAAACCAAAGAUCACUCGACCACCCACUGAUGUCAGAGUGUUGCUAGGAUCAAAGGUUGUGUUACCUUGUAGUACAAUGGGCAACCCAAAGCCAGCCAUUUCAUGGAUUAAAGAUGAAACUGCACUCAAAAAAGAUCGCCCUCGAACAUCUGUCCUUGAGUCUGGGAACUUAAGAAUUCGGAGUGUUCAAAUUGAAGACGCAGGACAAUAUCGUUGCCUGGCACGGAACAGUCUGGGCUUGGAGUAUUCCAGAUCAGUAACUUUGGAAGUUCAGGAUUUUAAUAUGACAAAUGCAACCGAGAGAGAAGGAAAUGAAACUCAGCAGGACAUCAAAGUCCCUGCCAGAAUUGUGAAGGCUCCUACAUCGCAGAAUGUCAGUUUUGGGUCUGAGGUGACUCUGCAAUGCAAAGCCACAGGUGUCCCUAUUCCCACAAUCAAAUGGUUAGAGAAUGGAAAACCAGUUUCCAUGGUCUUGAUUGAGAACCGCAUUAAGGGGGAAGUGAUGGAGUCGAGGUUGCGAGUGCAUGUUACCAGGCCUUCACUGUUCACUUGCUGGACAACAAACAAACACAACGAAGGGAGUACAACGGCGAAAGCCACUGCUACACUCGGCAUCACAGAGUGGAGACUGUACAAAGGUGACUUGGGCUAUUGCAGUAUCUAUCGUGGUGAGGUAUGCAAAGACAUACUGGGCAAAGACAAACUCGUUUUCUUCAACUCUUCUCAUGCUGACGCAGAGGGGACACAAGAGUCAAUGACCAAGAGCACCUGGACGGAAUUGGAUGGUGUGAGCUUGCUGUGCAAACCAGCUGCUGAGGCGUUGUUGUGUCACUACAUUUACCAGGAUUGCAAUCCAUCUGGUCUGGGGCCUGCUCCGAAACCGGUGUGUCGUGAACACUGUCUGGCAGUGAAAGAGCUUUAUUGCUACAAAGAGUGGCUCUCUAUGGAAGAACAUUCACGCAAAAGAAUUUACUCUGCAAGUCUGAAGCUACCUGACUGCGACAGGCUUCCUAGCCUACACCAAGAUCCUGAUGCAUGCACCAAAGUCUCAUUUCUUGACAUAAAGCGAGGACUCAUUACCAAAGUGUGUUAUAGUGACAACGGAAGGUUCUACCAAGGUAUGGUAAAUGUAACAGCAUCUGGUAUCCCUUGUCAGAAGUGGAGUGAACAGGCUCCCCAUUUCCACAGGCGUAUGCCAGAGUUAUUCCCAGAGCUGACCAACUCGGACAACUACUGCCGUAACCCAGGAGGUGAGAGUGAGCGCCCUUGGUGUUAUACCAUGGAUCAAACAGUCAGAUGGGAAUUCUGCAACGUGCCUCUCUGUACCAAUGCUACCUCAGUAAUGGGUGUGGAGCCUAAAGCAGGAACAUUAGAUACACCCACUCUCACUUCUGCAACCUAUUCUAUGACUAUCAUCAUUUCCAUAAUCUCAAGCAUCGCAGCUUCUGUUCUCUUGAUAGUUAUAAUUUUUACUUGUCACCGUCGUCAAAAGGAAUGGCAGAACAGGAAAAGCUACAGAGGAACUGAAACACCUACUCUGACAGCUCUUCCAUCAGAGCUGCUACUGGAUAGACUUCAUCCCAACCCAAUGUACCAGCGGCUUCCCCUCCUUCUAAACCCUAAACUGCUGAGCCUUGAGUAUCCAAGAAAUAAUAUCGAGUACGUGAGGGAUAUUGGAGAGGGAGCUUUUGGAAGAGUGUUCCAGGCCAGAGCCCCUCAGCUGUUGGAACAGGAGACUUCCACCAUGGUGGCCGUGAAGAUGCUGAAAGAAGAGGCUUCGCCUGACAUGCAAGCAGAUUUCCAGAGAGAGGCAGCCCUCAUGGCAGAGUUUGACCACCCAAACAUUGUCAAAUUAUUAGGGGUGUGUGCAGUCGGAAAGCCAAUGUGUCUGCUUUUCGAGUACAUGGCCUACGGAGACCUGAACGAGUUCUUACGCACGAGGUCAGCCGUUAACAUCCGCACCUUAAGUCAGGCCAGUUCCUCGCAGCGGAGUAUCGGCUCAGGCAUGGACCUGAUGCCCCUCAGCUGCGCAGACCAGCUCAACAUCGCCAAGCAGAUCUCAGCUGGCAUGACCUACCUGUCCGAACGCAAGUUUGUCCACCGGGACCUGGCCACACGCAACUGUUUGGUGGGAGAGAACCUGGUGGUGAAGAUCGCAGACUUCGGACUCUCCAGGAAUAUCUACUCUGCGGACUAUUACAAAGCCAAUGAGAAUGAUGCCAUCCCCAUCAGGUGGAUGCCUCCUGAAUCUAUAUUCUUCAAUCGUUACACGACUGAAUCUGACGUCUGGGCUUACGGCGUGGUCCUCUGGGAAAUCUUCUCCUCUGGCAUGCAACCCUACUAUGGUAUGGCCCACGAGGAGGUGAUUUACUACGUCCGAGAUGGAAACAUCCUGUCAUGCCCAGAGAACUGCCCGCCUGAGCUGUACAACUUGAUGCGCCUCUGCUGGAGUACCAUGCCAUCCGACAGGCCGAGAUUUGCAAGCAUUCAUCGCAUUCUGGAGCGCAUGCACGAGAGAAUGACUGUCGCAGUGCCCGUCUAAUCCCCCUGUAACUCUCUAUAACUCCAAGUCCUAGAUUCCCUGUGAGAAUGGCAAGCAUUGUGUUGACUGGCCUGGUUGCCAUGGACAACAAAAGUGGAGACAUAAUGUGCCACCAGAACUCACGGAAGCCAACGUUUAGACCACUGCAGAGCUCUCCCUCUCUGAAUGUCGUGUUUUAUACAGAUAACUCAUGAUCACAUAACAUUUUAAAGAUACCACCCCUCGUGUUCUUUAUUCAGGAGUUGCAAAUGAUUUCAUGAGUGAUAUGACAACAUAUUGCAAGGGUUUGUGAUAGAAUAGAUAAGGAGAAACUGUUUCCACCAGCAUUGGGUUAGUAACCAGUGGUCAUAGAUUCUAGAUAAUGUAUUUAAUCCUUGCUUGGGAUAUGGGUGUGGCUCUCAAAGCCAGUUUUGGUUAGAUAUUCUUGAUUGUCCCUGAACAGAGUUGCUUGUUGACCCACUUCAGAGCAGAGCAGAGACAAAUCACACUGUUGUGGGUGUGAAUACAAAUGUCAGUCAGACCUGGUAAGGAAACCGGUCUUCGUUCUCGAAAGGAAAUGAGUGAAUCAAAUGGGUUUUUACAACAAUUAACUAGAGUAACAUUGUCACCACUUGGCAAAACAAAUUCAGCAGGAAAACAGAUUUAUUUUAACCACAGUCAAUUGUAAUCAACAUUGCCCUCAACCACAUCUCCUCCACCUCCUACA